GUCAUAUCGUACAGCUGUUGUUUAUGUUGUCAACACGUCAACGUCAGCAAGCUGGAGCAUAGAGUUACUCUAUGGCUGGAGAGUGACUAGUGUAAAGUAGCCAAUAUUAAUUGGUGAACCCUUGGGUCACUAUCUGAUGAUGAUUCUUGAGAAUCAACAGCUUGUCUAUGAAGGUUUUGGUUCUUUCUGCACUAAGGGCACACACUGGGAACUUCUCAUCUGCUCAUAGAAUAAGUGACUUUUUUAAACAAGAUGGCAUUGAGAGUGAAUUAGUUGAUAGCAACGGCUUUAGCAGUGGUGUUGACUUCAACCAUCAUGUUGUCAUGACAGCAGCUGACUGUGUGCUAGCCAUACACGCCUACCGUAGUGGCAGGCUCCUCCUUGAGUGUCCUGUACCGUACGGCAUAGUGUUUGGUGGCACAGACAUCAAUGAGUAUCCUAAGAAUCAUGAGAAAUUACGGACCAUGACUGCAGUCAUAAUGAAAGCAAGGUUUCUUGUGAGUUUUAAUCAAGCCAUGAGGGAUCAGGCUGUUACAUUAUGGCCUGACAUUGGUAGCAGACUGUACACCCAGCCACAAGGAGUUGUAACCUCACCCUCCAGCCAUUUUGAUUUUCACCUCCAUCUUCGUGAUGCGUGUGGCAUUCCAGAUCACAGCAAGAUAUUUCUGUUGGUGGCUGGAAUGAGACCAGUCAAGGAUCCAUUGUAUCUGGCUCACCGUUUUUCAGAGUGGCAUAAUGAGAACAGGAGUAUUUAUCUUGUCAUCAUGGGACCAUGUUUGGAUAAUCAGUUUGCAGAAAAGGUCAAAGUAACCGCAAAACGGUUGCCAGGGGUUGAGAUGAUAGAACCUUUAGCACAAGAUGACUGCCAUAAAGCCAUGCAAGAAUGUACUGCUGUAGUCAACUCGUCGCUGAGUGAAGGCAUGUCCACUGCUAUACUAGAGGCUAUGGAUUUAUGUGUACCAGUGAUAGCACGCAACAUACCAGGAAACAGAACACUAGUUGAACAUAGACAGACUGGUCUGCUGUAUGACACUCCACAGGAAUUUAUCUUCUUGGCUAAAGAUCUUCUGAUGAACCCUGAGCAGCGGUCAGUAAUCACUGCAAAGGCCAAGCAGUUGGUCGAAUCCUGUCACUCAGCACAAGCAGAGAGGUUCAUGUACACUGGUCUCAUCAAGAAAAUGCUGCCUUGACAGAAUAAGCUUGCAAGCUGAAGCUUUGAGUGGAUCCAUCGGACGAAGAAAGCAGUUUAUAUAACAAUAAAGAACCGUUCUUGUAGAGCACAUAUCAUAAUAUUCACAUAAGUCUCUAUGUGCCUGUGUUGAACUUGUUCACCAAUUUUAUAGGGACAGGAUAAAAGGCCUUGAGUCAACCCACCCCCUUGUCUGUGCCAAGCAAGAUUAAUUAUUCGGUCAGCAUGAGAAAGAAUUCUUGCUCAACAAGGGAUAAACAGCAUACCCAAAUUUGUUUGAAGUUGAGGUAAAAAGAGAAAGAGACGCAGGGGAACUUCAGCCAUUGUAUGUAAAGAUGGGAGUAUCUAGAUUUGUUUUUCUAUAAUUUUCCCACACUUUUAUGGAUAGUGUGCUGUUUUUUAACCCAGCUCCAAAUCUGCCUAAACUAGACAUCAACCAAGAAAGUCUUGAAAAUUUACACAACUGAAAGCAAUAAUUUGUUUAAAAUAUUUUGAUAAAAACCACUAGUGUCACAAUAUCGAAUUGAAGCUGACUUUCCCACCUAAAUCUAAAUAGAUUUUUAUCAAAUGAUUGUAUAGAAAACGAUUAUAUUGUGAUUUUAAAAUGAUUUGUAUAGUACUGAUGAUUAAAACAUGCUGGCACGUUUUUUAAAUUAUUAAAAUUAAACAUAAGUGUUCUCCCA